AUGGCUCUGAUUGCAGAGACCACCUCGUACGUAAACCUUGGGCGAUUAAUGAAUAUGGAAAAUAACAUGAAGGAGGAACUAGAUAGAAGAAGGAGAGCAGCUCGGGCAGCAUUCGGGCCUAUCAAGGAAGCCAUCGACCAACUGAGCGACUCGAAAAUCCGCGUUCAUCACUUCGAUUCUGCUGUCCUCCCAGUGCUCUCUUAUGCUGCAGAGACGUGGGUUGAUACUUCAACCACAUCAAGAAUGCUUCGCACUACUCACAGAGCGUUUGAGUGUUGUCUUCUGAAAUAUAACCGGCACUCUCAAUAUCUAGCCGGAAUGCGAAGCUCUGAGCUUCGAAAUCUGUCACAUCUUCGAGAUCCAUGA